AUGGCUGGUCCUCAGAGCGGCUCAAAUGUGACGCGUAAUUUCACAAAUCAGUUCGUGCAGCCGCCGUGGCGGGUCGCCGUCUGGUCGGUCGCUUACAGCUCGGUGCUCGCGGUCGCCGUGUUCGGAAACCUCAUUGUUAUUUGGAUCAUUUUGGCCCAUAAACGGAUGCGCACCGUCACCAACUAUUUUUUGCUCAACCUGGCGUUUUCCGACGCGUCCAUGGCCGCCUUCAACACGCUCAUCAACUUCAUUUACGCCACGCACGGAGAGUGGUACUUCGGAGAGGUUUACUGCAAGUUCCACAACUUCUUCCCUGUGACCGCCGUGUUUGCCAGCAUUUACUCCAUGACAGCGAUUGCAGUCGACAGGUACAUGGCCAUAAUACAUCCUCUGAAGCCUCGUCUGUCAGCCACGGCUACUAAAGUGGUGAUUGUCUGUAUUUGGGCACUGGCAGUGAUUUUGGCUUUCCCGCUGUGUUUCUACUCCACCACGAGAACCAUGCCUCGCAGAACCAUUUGCUACGUCGCCUGGCCAAGACCGGCUGAGGAUUCAUUCAUGUAUCACAUCAUAGUGACGGUGCUGGUCUACAUGCUGCCCCUAGUGGUGAUGGGCAUCACCUACACUAUAGUCGGGGUUACACUUUGGGGAGGAGAGAUUCCUGGAGACUCGUCGGACAAUUAUGUUGGACAGCUACGUGCUAAGAGGAAGGUGGUGAAGAUGAUGAUCGUGGUGGUGGUGACUUUCGCCCUCUGCUGGUUGCCGUAUCACAUCUAUUUCAUCGUAACAGGCCUGAACAAACGCCUGAACAAGUGGAAGUCCAUCCAGCAGGUGUAUCUGUCUGUGCUGUGGCUGGCCAUGAGCUCCACCAUGUACAACCCCAUCAUUUACUGCUGUCUGAAUGGCAGAUUUCGCGCGGGCUUCAAGCGGGCCUUCAGGUGGUGUCCCUUCAUUCAGGUGUCCAGCUAUGACGAACUGGAACUCCGUCCCACCCGGCUCCAUCCACGCAACCAGAGCAGCAUGUGCACCCUGUCCCGCGUCGACACCAGCCUCCAUGGUGAGGACCCACGACGCAGUCAGCGGAAGAGCACCAAAUCCCAAUGUCUGGUGGAGGUCAGAGACGAAAACACACCAGCCACGAAACUCUGUCUUAAUAGAGAUCAAGCGUUCGCAACAGAGCAGCUCAGCUGA